AUGGUCAAGAAGCCUACCAUUGGCCUCCUCGGAGGCGGCCAGCUGGGCCGGAUGCUUUGUGAGGCUGCCGGACCUUUGGGAAUCGACAUUGCCAUUCUUGACGAGGCCAAUUGUCCUGCGAAGCAGGCAAACCAGAACAGCCGGCACGUUACUGGUGGGUUCAAAGACCCCGCCAAGAUCAGAGAAUUGGCCGCCAUUUGCGAUGUCAUUACUGUCGAGAUUGAGCACGUCAACACCGAGGUUCUCGAGGAGAUUGCGACCCGCGGUGUUAUCACCGCUCCGGGUACGGUGAAGCGAGUGCCCGUUCACCCUCACUGGCAAACUCUGCGCCUGAUUCAGGACAAGUACCUGCAAAAAGAGCACUUCGCCAAGGCCGGCCUUCCUAUUGCCCCACAAAUGGCCAUCGAGUCCGGCCCCGCCAUGCCGGAGAGCCUGACGGCGGCUUACAGGACCUUCCAGUUCCCUUUUAUGCUCAAGGCCAGAAAGGGCUCGUAUGACGGCCGUGGAAACUUCAAGGUCAACGGACCUCAGGAUUACGAGUCGGCCAUUCAGGCAAUGGGCAAGCUGUCACUGUACGCCGAGAAAUGGGUUCCCUUCGACAUGGAGCUUUCCGUCAUGGUGGUGAGAACCGAGGAUGAAGACGGCGAGCUGAGGAAAGUCCACACCUACCCGGCCGUCGAGACUAUCCACGAAGAGAGCAUCUGCACCAAGGUGUUUUACCCGCCCCGCAAGGUCCCUGUCGAAGUCUGUGAGAAGGCCCGCCAGGUGGCCGGUGAGGUCAUCAAGACGCUCAAGGGUCGAGGUGUUUUCGCCGUUGAAAUGUUCCUGCUGAAGGACGGCACUAUCACAGUGAACGAGGUCGCCCCCCGACCUCACAACUCAGGUCAUUGGACUAUUGAGGGUGUUCCUUACAUGUCGCAGUACAAGGCGCAGCUCUACUCCAUUUUGGACAUGCUUCCGCGGUCCAUCAAACUGCAGCCUCGUGUCACCAGUGCCCUCAUGCUGAACAUUCUUGGCGGUGCUCGUGAGGACUCCCACGAGGAGCUAGUGGAUCUCACCACAUCCCUGUACGACGACAACAUGGACGUUUUCCUCCACCUCUAUGGCAAAUCUUCCAAGCCGGGCCGCAAGAUCGGCCACAUCACCGUCACCACCUACUCCCCUAGCGCUAACUUGGAGAGGUUGGCUGCACCCCUCAUCAAUGAGGUGAACUACAUGCGCGAAGCCCGUCUUGAUGCCUCCUCGGAGCAGAUCCGCCUGCAGGAGUCUCCGGUCAAGAAAAAGAAAACAAGCUCUCGAAACCCUGACAAGCCCCUUGUUGUCGUCACUAUGGGGUCCGACUCGGACCUCAAGGUCCUCAAGGCUGGCCUCGAUAUUCUCGAGCAAUUUGAGGUGCCCUAUGAUUACGACAUUACCUCUGCUCACCGCACGCCUCAUCGUAUGGUGGAGCUGGGCAAGACCGCUGCGCAGCGCGGCAUCAAAGUUCUCAUCGCUGCUGCUGGUGGUGCUGCCCAUCUUCCGGGUAUGCUGGCAUCCGAAACCACGGUACCAGUUAUCGGUGUGCCUGUCAAGGCCACUCACCUCGACGGCCACGACAGCUUGCUGAGUAUUGUGCAAAUGCCCCGCGGUUGCCCCGUGGCUACCGUUGGUAUUAACAAUUCCACCAACGCCGCACUCCUGGCGGUCAAGAUCCUCGGUUCCUCCAACAAGGAGUACCAGCAGAAAAUGGCUCAGUACAUGAGCGACAUGUCGCGAGAGGUGGAGCUCAAGGCGGCCAAGCUGCAAAGAAUCGGCUACGCGGCGUACCUCGACAACCAAUAG